CGCUACAGCAGCAUCAGUUCCUCUCAGACCAAAAGCAGGAUGGACAACGCUACGUACAGCUAUUCAUCUGACUGCACCCCACUCACGAACUGUAAGUCCUCACGCAAGCCUGUCGGCUCCACGGUGGUCAACAUGGGCUCUGUGCCAAAGAAACCUGUCAGUGACUACUUGGUCUGGUCCCUCUGCAACACCCUGUACGUCAACUUCUGCUGCCUCGGCUUCAUGGCCCUCAUUUACUCCAUCAAGGCACGAGACCAGAAGACCCUGGGAGACCUGCGUGCUGCUCAGGAGUGCUCAGACAAGGCUAAAUGGUACAACAUCCUUGCGUCCGGCUGGAACCUCCUGGUGCCUCUGCUUUUUCUCGGGCUUCUCGGGCUGCUUCUCGUCCACCUCGGCAGCUUGCAGGGAAGUUUCGACUUCUUCGGAGAAGACGGCUUCAAGAAUUUUAUGAAGCUCUUUAGCAGGUAGAAAGCGAAGAAAACAGCUGGCGACCACAACAAAGACCGACAACAAAAUCCACCAAAGAACAAUAGUUACCCAUGGACUUAUCACCCUUUGUGUCCUAGCAACUUAUUUUUAAUCUUCUUUCUAGUGACUUAUUGUAUUAUUGUUAUUAAUAUUAAUCUAAAAUUUGCUUUAAGACUCUUGAAUGGUAAAUAAUAAAUAUUCAAUACUUUUAUCUCAUCACUCUUUAUUUAAGAAAAAAAUACUGGAAUAAACUAUUUAAU